GAACGGUUCAAGCUUCCAGCAGAUGGCAGCGCGCACAUAGCUCCCCGUUCAGCAGGGGCCAGGGCGAUCCGGUCAUGGCUUCCGCGGCGGGGGAGGGCACCAGGGCAGCCCCACGGGUGCUGGCCUCAGCUGCCGCAACAGCAGGCUACAGCGUGGCCAGCAUUUGGGAGCACAGCGCGGUGUUGACUGACGACCAGCAGCGAGCCAUAGAUGUGAUCAGCGCCAGCUGCAGCCAGCGGCCUAUGCCCAAGCAGCUGGCGGCGGGCGCGACCCCGGAUGCCACGCCGGUGCCGGCCACGCCGCUGUCGCCGGGCUCCCCAGACGGCGCAGAGUCCAGCUUUGCUGGGACCUCAUUCGAAGACGUCACGCUGCAGAACAGCAGCGACUUCUACCGCUGGCUGUCGGAGCUGGAGGCGGCUCGGUCCAGCGAGACGGAGGAGAAGUUCAGGAGGUACGGCGGCGCGCUGGAGGGCCACCUGGCCGCCUGCGAUGGCCUGCUGGCGAUCGUCAAAGAGGUGCUGGACCUGUUUGAGCGGCUGCGGGAGCAGCACCGCACGGUGGCGGCCCGCACCAGCGCGCUGCACAGCACCUGCGAGCGCCUGGUGGCAGAGCGGGGGCGGCUGGAGGAGCUGGCGGGGGCGAUACGCGCCAAGCUGGCAUAUUUCGAUGAGCUGGAGGCGGUGGCGGCGCAGUUCCAGUCUGCCGCUGGCUCAGUGGACAGUGCCGACUUUUUGCCGCUGCUGCGCCGGCUGGAUGAGUGCAUCGCUUAUGUGGGUUCCAACCCGCAGUACGCCGAUGCCGCCACGUAUGCGGUCAAGUUCCGGCAGCUGCAGGCCCGCGCCCUGACAGCCGUGCGCACCAAAGUGCAGCAGGUGCUGCGCGCGGCGGCGGCGCAGGUGGCGGCGGGCGCGCGGGAGGGGCAGGGCAGCGGCAGCGACGGCGCGGCGCACGGCGCGGGCGCGGCGACGCCGGCCGGCGGGGCGGCGGCCGCGGCGGCUGCGGACGGCGCCUCAGCCGCGCUGCUGUAUGUGAGGUUCCGGGCGGCGGCGGAGCCGGCCCUCAAGGGGCUGCUGCAGGGCAUCGAGCAGCGGGCGCAGCACGCACCCCACCCCCACCCCCACCCUCGUCUCCCGCAGGACUAUGCCCGCCUGCUGAAGGACUGCCAGGACCUGUACUGCGAGACGCGGCUGGCGCUGAUGCAGGCGCCCGUGGCCGCGCACAUGCGCCAGUGCGCCGCACAGCCGCUGCCCUCGCUGCUGCGCGGCGGCUGCUCCUACCUCAUGCAGGCGUGCGCCCAGGAGGCCCAGCUCUUUGAGCAGUUCUUCCCGGCUACCGCGGCGGGCGGCGGCGGCGCCAGCCUGGCGCCCCUCGUCGACCCGCUGUGCACGCUGCUGUACGACGCGGUACGCCCUGCCCUCAUAGGCGUGCAGGACAUUGACGCCCUGUGCGAGCUUGUGGACAUACUGCGCACAGAGGUGCUGGAGGAGCAGCUGGGGCGGCGGGGCGAGGCGGUGGCGCCGCUGGAGCCCAUGUUGGCCCGCACGCUGGCCGACAUCCAGGAGCGGCUGACGUUCCGGGCGCAGGCGUUUGUGCGGGAGGAGAUUGCCGGGUUUGUGGCCAAGGCCGAGGAUCUGGACUACCCGGCACGCCUGCAGGCACCGCCAGCUCAGCAGCCGCCAGCUCAGCAGGCGCCAGCUCAGCAGGCGCCGGCGGCAGGCGCCGGCGAGGGUGCCGAGGGCGGCGAAGGGGGCGCAGGCUACCGCAGCUGGUACCCGCCCGUGCAGCGCACCCUGCUGCUGCUCAGCAAGCUGUACCGGGGCGUCGACUCCCGCAUCUUCAACGGCCUGGCGCACGAGGCGGUACUGGCGGCCACCGCCUCUGUGCAGGACGCCGCCAGGCACAUACUCAAGUCCAAGGGCGUGAUGGACAGCCAGCUGUUUGCCAUCAAGCAGCUGCUGGUGCUGCGCGAGCAGAUUGCGCCCUUUGAGGCCGACUUUGCGGUGGUGGAGCGGGACCUGGACUUCACCCACAUGCGCGACUACCUGCGCCGCACGCUGAGCGGGCAGCUGCCGCUGUUCAGCCUGUCGUACGACAACGCGGUGGUGCAGCUGCUGGGCAAGGGCGCGCCGCGCAUCGCGGAGAGCCAGGUGGACUCCAAGAAGGAGCUGGAGCGCGCGCUCAAGUCCACCUGUGAGGCCUUCAUCAUGAACACCACCAAGCUCACAGUGGAGCCGCUGCUCUCCUUCAUCACCAAGGUCACCGCGGCGCGGGUGGCGGCCAGCCAGCAGGGCGGCGCCGCCAAGCCGCUGCGCGAGCAGGCCUUUGCCGCGCCUGAGCGCGUGGCUGAGCUGGUGGGGCGCGUGCGGCAGGCGCUGUCCUCCACGCUGCCUGCCGCGGUAGCCAAGAUGAAGCUGUACCUCACCAACCCCUCCACCCACGCCAUCCUCUUCAAGCCCAUCAAAUCCAACGUGGCAGAGGCGCACGGCCAGAUUGCGGCGCUGCUGGAGGGCGAGUACACGGCUGAGGAGGUGGCCGCCAUCGGGCUGACGCCCGCCCCCGAGCUGGCAGCCCUGCUGGACGGCCUGUCGUAGGGCCGAGGGGCGCGCGCAGGCACUGGCUGUGGGCGCCGGCGCUGCAGCAGGCAGCACGCAAAAUUGACUUCUCUCCCACUUUGAUUUGGGCUUGUGCUGCUUUGCUGGCCAGCCUGGUCAACCAACGCGCGAGCAAUGCUGGGCAGCCCACCAGUCGCGACAGGCCAGGGUUGUUACAAGAAUACAGGC